UUUACGGAUGCGCACACCUACCCGGUUUGGGGCGGUGAUCGAGUGGAUGAUUUUUUUCAAAAGGUCGCAGGCGCGUCUUACAUGGAGUUGCCAGACUCCGCAAAAUCUUCAGAUUCAGAUUACACAGUUGAACGGACCGCUGUAGCAAGCGAAGAGGCUCUUUACAAUGCAACUCUCGAAAGAAUUCGAUCCAUGGCAAGCAAGGGAACAACGACACUUGAGUGCAAGACAGAUUAUUGCUCAAACUGGGCCACUGAAAAGAAGAUCUUGAGAAUUCUUACUCGUCUUAAGCGUGAAAUACCCUUGGAUGUUUCAAUCACCUACUUUGCAGCUAGCAUACUACCAAAGCAAGUUCAGACUGCCUUUAUUGGAAUUAAAAAGUUGACUUCAAUAUUUUCGUCUAAGUAG